ACCUGUCGGCCGCGCAUGCGUAGCACGCUCCCGGCGCGCCCGGCCUCCCCGCGCCCCGCGGCGCGCGGCCAGUGCGCAGGCGCGGCGGCCGAUGCGAGUGUGUAUGUGCGGGCGAGAAGAUGGCGGCGGCGGGGGAAGCAGCGUGAGGAGUCGGACGAGCGCCGAGGCUCAUUGAAACGGGUCGCCAUGGCCCUCCGCAACCCGCAGUAUAUUUUUGGAGAUUUUAGCCCUGAUGAAUUCAAUCAGUUCUUUGUGACUCCUCGCUCUUCGGUUGAGCUUCCUCCAUACAGUGGAACAGUUCUCUGUGGCCCCCAAGAUCCCGACGAACUCCCUGACGGACAAGAAUAUCAGAGAAUUGAGUUUGGUGUUAAUGAAGUGAUUGAGCCCAGUGACGCUUUGCCGAGAGCCCCCAGCUACAGUAUUUCCAGCACACUGAAUCCUCAGGCCCCUGAGUUUAUUCUCAGCUGCACAACUUCCAAAAAGACCCCUGAUGACCUUGAUAAAGAAGCGUCCUAUGGUGCCGUGGACUGCCAGUACCCAGGCUCUGCUCUUGCCCUGGAUGGCAGUUCGGGCGCGGAGGUGGAGGUUUUAGAAAGUGAUGGUGUCGCGGGUGGUCUUGGACAAAGGGAGCGUAAAAAGAAGAAAAAACGUCCCCCAGGAUAUUACAGUUACUUGAAAGAUGGUGGUGAGGGUGGUCUUCCCACGGAAGCCCUUGUCAAUGGCCACGCCAAUCCAGCGGUCCCACACAGCGUAGGCUCAGAGGAUGCGGAGUUUGUGGGCGAUGUGCCCCUAUCGGGGACACCCAGGACUUGUGACAGCCCUCAGGAUUCCACGGACUUCGUCAGUGACGCUGUGCCCGGUGGGCCUUUCCCCGGAGCCCUCGAUGGUGAUGCCAGGACUGCAGGGCAGCCCGAGGGCUGCCAUGGGGCUGACUUGGAACAGUCCUGCCUCUCUGCGGAGGCUGGCGGGGACAGCCUGUUGAGGACAGCGGUGGCUCAGCCUUACAUGGGAACUCAUACUACUGAAAACCUUGGAGUUGCUAAUGGACAAAUACUUGAAUCCUCUGGUGAGGGCUCAGCUGCCAAUGGAGCCGAGUUGCACACUGUGGAAAGCGCGGACUCGGGCCCCACUAAAGCUGAGAGCGCUUCCCCUGCCUCCGACGCCCUGGCCUCUGCGGCGGGCACCGCUCCCACGAGCCAGCCUAAGUCAUGGGCCAGUCUUUUUCAUGAUUCUAAGCCCUCUUCCUCCUUACCCGUGGCUUCUGUGGAAACUAAGUAUUCCCCUCCUGCCACAUCUCCCCUGGUCUCUGAAAAACAGAUUGAAGUCAAAGAAGGGCUCGUUCCAGUUUCAGAGGAUCCUGUAGCCAUAAAGAUCGCAGAGUUACUGGAGAAUGUAACCCUGAUACAUAAGCCAGUGUCAUUGCAACCCCGUGGGCUGAUCAAUAAAGGAAACUGGUGCUACAUUAAUGCCACACUGCAGGCGCUGGUUGCUUGCCCUCCGAUGUACCACCUGAUGAAGUUCAUUCCUCUCUAUUCAAAAGUGCAAAGGCCUUGUACGUCGACACCCAUGAUAGAUAGCUUUGUUCGGCUAAUGAAUGAGUUUACUAAUAUGCCAGUACCUCCAAAACCCAGACAAGCUCUUGGGGAUAGAAUCGUGAGAGAUAUCCGCCCGGGAGCUGCGUUUGAACCUACGUAUAUUUACAGACUUCUGACGGUCAUCAAGUCGAGCCUGUCUGAAAAGGGUCGACAAGAAGAUGCUGAGGAGUACUUAGGCUUCAUUCUAAAUGGACUUCAUGAGGAAAUGCUGAACCUCAAGAAACUCCUGUCACCAAAUAACGAAAAACUCCCUAUUUCCAACGGACCCAAAAGCCACUCAGUGAAUGAAGACGAGCAGGAAGAGCCCGGCGAAGGGAGUGAGGACGAAUGGGAGCAAGUGGGCCCCAGAAAUAAGACUUCAGUCACUCGCCAGGCGGAGUUUGUUCAGACCCCAAUCACUGGCAUUUUUGGGGGACACAUCAGGUCUGUGGUUUACCAGCAGAGCUCAAAGGAGUCGGCCACCUUGCAGCCUUUCUUCACCCUGCAGCUGGACAUCCAGUCUGACAGGAUCCGGACGGUCCAGGAUGCGUUGGAGAGCUUGGUGGCAAGAGAGUCUGUCCAGGGUUAUACCACAAAAACCAAACAAGAGGUGGAGAUAAGUCGGAGAGUGACUCUGGAGAAGCUCCCUCCUGUUCUGGUGCUGCAUCUCAAGCGGUUUGUUUACGAGAAGACGGGGGGAUGCCAGAAGCUCGUCAAGAACAUUGACUACCCUGUGGACUUGGAGAUCAGUAAAGAACUGCUUUCUCCAGGAGUUAAAAAUAAGAAUUUUAAAUGCCACAGAACCUAUAGGCUAUUUGCAGUGGUCUACCACCACGGCAGCAGCGCGACGGGCGGCCACUACACCACGGACGUCUUCCAGAUCGGCCUCAACGGCUGGUUGCGCAUCGACGACCAGGCGGUCAAGGUGAUCAGCCAGUACCAGGUGGUGAAGCCCACUGCGGAGCGCACAGCCUACCUCCUGUAUUACCGCCGUGUGGACCUGCUGUAGCCGCCCGCGCGCCCUGUGCCCGCCGCCCGCUUGCAGACGCCGACUCCCUCUGACGUCCUCCCUCUCUUCAGCGGCUCUCUAGAGAGACUCUUCUCCUUCGCAGAAAUGGGCUAGAAUGGAAAGCAGACGCCGCGGGGCUUGUGUACAAUUCACGUUGACGUCUACCUUCCAGAUCCAAAUCAUUUGGUUCAGACUGUCGCUUGAUUUAAGAAAAUACACACAACCCAUGUUUCUGAAAUAAUGCCGAUUCCUGAGUAAGAAGGGGGACUUGCAUUGAUUUCCAGUCUAAUUGCUUAGUAGAAUAAAUCCUGCACCAGCAACACUUGUAAAUUUGUGAAAAUGAAUUUUAUCUUUCCUUAAAAAAAUAAAUUUUUUAAUCCAUCACACUUUCCUUCCCACCCUUUAGUUUUUGAUAAACGAUAAAAAUGAGCCAGUUAUCAGAGAAGAAAUAGUUCUUACUUCAAAAGAAACGUAAAUACAAAAAAUAAGUUGCUGGUUCCUAACAGGACAAACACAUUGUAAUAAUUGUGCGGUGAGAGGCUGCUUCCGAGCACGCCGCAGAGCAGACAUUUGGAGUUCAGAUGCUAGUCCGCGCAGAUGGGUGAUUGUAACUUUAUUGCCAUUAAAAGAUUUCAAAUCGCAUUCAUGCUUCUGUGUACACGUAAUGAACAAUGGGCAAAAUAAUGAAGAUUGAUAUUUCCCUAAGUUGCUGUUUAAUUCUGCUGUCUGCUCCUCUUAAUGCCGCGUCUCUAAUUGUACACAGUUUAGUGAUCUCCAGGAGUACAGAAGUUGUCGCCCAUCAAUAAAGAUCACCAAGUUGUUGUUUAAA